UGAUGACCCGCCCAAGCAUCACAAUUCAUGCCUCAAAUUGAUCUGAGGGACUUGACAUCCCAUUCCUAUUGCUCCUUGUCUUCUCAAAGUGAAGCUCAUGGCCUCGGCCACAGCCCCGAGCUGAACCAGCCAAUCAGCCGUCGUGAAAAACCAGCGUGCUCCCUUAUCUUUGUCACAACAAACCAUCCAAACAACACCAGAUGAGUAUGCGAUCAGCGACAAUUGUGCAGGAAUCAGGUACCAAGAAUGGAAGAAGAGCCCCCAGGUCACGAACCGGGUGUAAACGAUGCAAAGAACGACGUUUCAAAUGCGAUGAGGAAAAGCCCCAAUGUGGACGAUGUCAAUCAGCUGGAGUUUCUUGCCCAGGAUACGGCCAAUCGCUCAAAUGGUCGACAAAGCACGAAGUUUUUCCUUCCAAAAAGCGCCGGACUUUAUCUUCAGCCUCGCUGCUUGACAGCCCCAGCCUAAUCAAUAGAACCCUAUCCCCUGUCCAACAGCUGCCCACGGAGUCUGAGCAACAUGUGGAAGAGACAGCUCGUCUCGAGCAAGAUCCGACUGUGAGAGGCUCCUCCAUCACACCAGGCUCACGACAGGGUUCAAUUUCAACUCCCGGCCAGCCUUUAUCGACCCAGAUCGGAUCCGAUUUCCUUGAACUGCCCGAGAUCCCUCAAAUGUCUCCAACCUCUCUCUACAUCUCACAGUUGAACUUUGAUAUCGCUCCUGAUGUUGAGGUUGUCGACCCUUUGGAUUUCUUCCAAAUACCCGCCAAAGAUGAAGAACAGCCUCAAAAACCCCUGGAACUCGUCACUCGUCAGAGUUGGCUUCCAAACCCUUCCAGAGGCCCAUCCGAUUUCUCCUCAGCACUGGUUGAAUAUUACUUCAAGGAGACCGCUGGAGUUUUUUCAUGCUAUGAUAGCAGACUGAACCCAUUUCGCACAACAGUUGCGGAUUUCUGGACUCAAUCCCCCGCCCUGCAUCGCACUUUGCAGAGCAUGGCAGCAGCCUGCCUGGUCAAUGAGAACCCAUACUUUAAAACACUAUGCCGCAAACUACGCUCCGAGGCUAUGUCAUUCCUAUAUAAUGACCCCAGCCAAGACGAGAAAUCACUGCUAGCUCUGUUGAUGCUGGGUCAGACAUCGAGUUGGUUUGAUCCACAGGACCUGGGUGUUCCCCUGUUCAAGGCCCUGAGAUCAAAACUCAGUCUCUCUGCAGAACCGUCAGCUCAGACUCAACUGAUCAAAGCAGGGGUCGACCGAUCUUUCUUCGAACAAGCCCUCGAGUACUGGGAAAUGCUACUGUCAUUUGUAUCCAGCGACCUUGAUCCGGAAAUGCCAAACGGUCCAUUCUCUUCAUUUUCAAAAAAUAUGCGCAAGGUCCCGCACCCAUGGACCGGGGUAUGCCGAGAGACGCAGAUGCUUGUCAACCAGGUCGGGCAGCUAGCCAGAUCUGAGCGAAUGCGAAUCCGUUCGGAGGGAUUAUCAGGAUUUUCAUGGCAGCACUCGAUCGACCGAUCAACAUCAUCGUUCCAACUGGCUCAGUACCUUGAAAUGAGGCUGAAGAAUCUAUCUGAGCCUACGGAGGAAGGCAUCAUCAGCCCCGGAGAUACUGAAACUCCCGUUUGGCAUCUGCAAGCCGUUGCUGAAGUGUAUCGAAGGACGGGCUUAAUUAACCUCUACAGGGUUUUCCCAGACCUUCUCAUUCCCCAACUAAACUUUUCGAACCCUCAGGCCGAAAUCUCUCCAAGCGAUAAUUGGCUUAGCCUUGUUAACGAUUCGUCGUUACACGAUACAACGGAUCAGCAAACGACCACCUAUCAGGAAUGGCUGACCAACUUCGCUGUCGAAACUCUCGAAAUAAUGGAAACCAUACCUGCCACUUCACGGACUAGAUGUCUACAACCUUUUAUGCUAGUCGUUUGCGCAAGCGAGCUUCGAACACCUCCAUGGAUUGACGAGGCACAUGACCAGAUUCGCAAUGUAAACCAAAAUCCGGAUAUCAGCUUAGGGCAGUCAACAUCAAAUCUGUUCAACUCUACAAUCAAUUCUUCAAACCUUCACGAUUCGGACCUUUUAUCUCACUCUGCGUUCACCCCGCUCUCUCCGACCUCCCACCCUUUCGGCUUCCACAACAGUGGCGACCCCAGCGUGAGCCACUCAACUUGUACACCGUCGACGCGGUUCGCGACCCCCGCCCAGUCACACGGUCAAACUCAAACAGACGAGGAGCAAUCGAACCUGUCGCAAACCUUCCGGGUUAUGCACGCGCGUCGGUUUGUAAGAGGACGCUUGAAUCUGUUCAUGAACGUCCUGCCACCUCGACCGACCAAGACGUGUCUUGACCUGGUCGAGGCGGUAUGGGAUCGCCUUGACGAAAACGGCGGUAACGGUGCAUUUUGGAUCGAUGUGAUGUUAGACAAGGGUCUGCAUACGACUAUGGGUUGAUGGAGAAAGAACAGAUGCGAUGAAAAAGUACGGGAGGCCUAAUAAAAGAGAUGGAGAAUCAUUGUCUAGGCGUGAUGAGUUUUCCAACUAUCUUUGGAGUUGGAUCCUUUUUCUAAUGUUCAUGGUCAAGACUGAAGACAGGACUCUGCGUCCUCAGAACCUCAAGUCUACGAAUCUAUGUUAAAAUAUCCUUUUUCCAGUUCAAAUGAUACAAAUCU